GGCGGAGCUUGUAACAUGACCACGCCCCCUAUGCCCAGCACCGCCCCCCUCCUUGAGGGGCGUGGCCCACCGCGUCCGCUCGCGAGGGCGCCUCGCGAGGCUGCUGUAGCCCCCGCUUUCCUGCGGCAGCGCCAAGGGACGGUUUCUGCGCCUGCGCCCUGCGUGGCUGGGCACCUCGCGCGACCGCCGCCCGCCCCCGCCGCCCGCCGGGGUCCUGCUGCGCCUGCGCGCUCGCGCUCCCGCCCUCCCGCGCGCUCCCGGCUGAGUCAGUCGGUCGCAGUCCGUCCUCGCAGCCGCAUCGCGCAGCCCUCCGCUCGGGUCGUCCUCUUUCCCUUCCCUUCUCUCCCGCCCCGCUUCUCUCUCUCUCGUCGCCCCGCUCGCGCAGCCAUGGCGGAGCCGUCGGCGGCCACCCAGUCCCCGUCCGUGUCGUCGUCGUCGUCGUCGUCGUCCGGGGCCGAGUCCUCGGCGCUCGGCGGUGGGAGCCCCGGCGCCUGCCCCGCCCCGGGGGCGAAGAGCUGCGGCGGCUCGUGUGCGGUGCACGAUCUGAUCUUCUGGCGGGACGCGAAGAAGACAGGCGUCGUGUUUGGCGGCACGCUGGUCACGCUGCUUUCCCUGGCGGCCUUCAGCGUCAUCAGUGUGGUCUCUUACCUCAUCCUGGCUCUUCUCUCUGUCACCAUCAGCUUCAGGGUCUACAAGUCCGUCAUCCAGGCUGUGCAGAAGUCAGAAGAAGGCCAUCCGUUUAAAGCCUACCUGGACGUGGACAUCACUCUGUCCUCAGAAGCCUUCCACAACUACGUGAACGCCGCCAUGGUGCACAUCAACAAGACCCUGAAGCUCGUCAUCCGUCUCUUCCUGGUGGAAGAUCUGGUUGACUCCUUGAAGCUGGCCGUUUUCAUGUGGCUGAUGACCUAUGUUGGUGCCGUCUUCAAUGGGAUCACCCUUCUGAUUCUUGCUGAACUGCUCAUUUUCAGUGUUCCAAUUGUCUAUGAGAAGUACAAGACCCAGAUUGAUCACUAUGUCAGCAUCGUCCGAGACCAGACCAAGUCGAUUGUUGAAAAGAUCCAAGCAAAACUCCCCGGAAUCGUGAAAAAGAAGGCAGAAUAAGUCCAUGGAAAGCAGAAACGCAACAGUCAGUAAAACACCACUUGCUAGUUGUGAUGCUGUUACUUGUACUAUGAAGGAAGUGUUCUGUGUCAGCUUGAGCCUGCACUCAAACCUUUUAAUCUUCGUUUGAUGUCCCCCCCCCUUCUCCCUUUACCCCCAGUACCCCCAGUAUCAAGCAUAGUAAUUGUUGGACUCAAAAAAAAAAAAAAGAAUGGGUAUCUUUCAGCACAGAGGAAUGCAGAAUCAAAUGAAUAGGCUUGGUGGUGUGGAGCUUCCCUCUAGCACGCUUUCAAGGGGGGGGUUGGAGGGAAGAGAGAGAAGACAGGACACAGCUUGGGCUUCUUCGGCUUUCAGAGACUCCAGCAGCCUCCCUUCAUGGUUCUGCCUUCAUUUUUAAGAAAUAUUGAUUCACUUACGCAGAGAUUAUCUGGGGACAAGAGUGGGAGCCCUUUCCACGUCCCCACCCACAACGGUCAUUGGUUUUUUCCUUCCUGCCCCACCUUGUGAGCAGCUGUCGCUGAUACUCCUCUUCACUUAGUCACCGAAGCUCCCGACCCUCUGAAUAACUCACAGGUGACAGGGAGAGAGUGAGGGCCUUGGUUUCCAGAUCGCCGCUUGAUACCCAGGAGUGGGAACGAAGGGCCCAGAGAGGGGUCCCCGAGAGCUGGCCCACGCUGCUCCCUCUCGAUCCCCCCACCCCAGGCAGGAAAAGCUCCACCAUUUGGGAAGAUGGGUCCACGCCGGACCCCUUGGGACACCAGUUCUGGACAUGCUGCCCUCCCCUCUCGUCCCCACCCACCUCACCCACGCUUACUAAGUAUGGUUGUACUUUUCUUAUUAUGAAAUAAAUGUCUGUAACUGCUGUAUACUGCUGUAAACUUGUUAGAAAACAAACAGUCUGCAUGUGGGCUCCUCAGUUAGUUAUUGUAAUCCUAUCUCUGUGGGGGGACAUUCUCAAGAGGUGAAUCACAAAGACAUAAAAGGGCCUGUUCUCUCUUCCCCCCCAACUUCCGCCUUCCCACGCCGCAUUGUUCCCCCCAGGACCAAAGCAAACUUGAGAGGAGCUGGGCUGUGGUGAGACCGACCACCAAUCAGUGCACGUGUGAGGGAAGCGGCCUGUGUGGCCGUGGGCGGCUGGCACUUGAGCGAGCCAGCCAGCUUGUGGAGAUGGCCGCUUUCACUUUCAGGCUCAGGAAGUGUCCUCGAGCCUCUAUAGAAAGGAUGCCGCUCCCUGGUCGGAGCAGUGGAUCUAAAGGGCCAGGUCACGCUCCACGCUCCACACAGCUACAAGCCAGCAGGAACCACUCUGACACCAGGUCGAGGGGGGCUGGGAAUCCGACCUCCGCCAGAGCCAGGUGCCUGUCCCUUCAGGCUGGGACUCCUAGUCAGGAGACUCCAGGGGGCAGAGCCACUGACUCUGAAGGUCAGCUCGGUGGAGGGAGAGAGCGUAGAAAGUUCUCUUUCUACUUUCUGGGGCAAGUUACUGAGAAGUUUGAGUAAGUGAAAGGCACCCUUGCCUUAUUCCAAUCUCUUCUCCCUUAGCCUUUUCUUUAGAGUCCCUCAGCCUGAUUCCCAGUGGUGGUCGGAAGCGUGUUCUCAUCUCCCUCCUUUGCUGUCCCAGGAAGUCGGUGCACCGACCCCCCCAAAGGGCUGUUCUGCACCCGGCGCCCCCACCCCCAGCUCUUUCGUUCUGUUAUUGCCGUUUGGAUGAUGGCACAGAUCUUUGUGCCACGUGGGGAAAUUUUUUUUUUUUUAAGGAAAACCUUAGGUGAAAAAUUACUAACGCUACUGUGUGCAUAUAUGUGUGUGUGCAACAUAAAAUACAACAGCAGCUGAAGAGCUUGAAUCUUGGUUCCUGUAAAGCUGAAAAUUGAUGUAAUAAUAAUAAUAAUAAAGACAACACAGUGGUGUCA